AUGGCUUCAGCACGACCUUUUGACGGCAAACUUGCCAUUGUUACUGGAUCUUCAAGGAGUUUCGGCGCAGCAGUAGCAACACACCUUGCCGCUCGGGGGGCAAACGUUGUAAUCAACUACGCGACAGCGACUUCUGACAAGGCCGCCGCGGAUCUCGCUGCCCAUCUCUCCAAGACAUACAAUGUCAAGGCACUUCCCGUGCGCGCCGAUCUGCUCGACCCUUCUGCCCCCGCGGCGCUCGUCGAGGCCGCCAAAAAGCACUUUAGCAAUCCCGCUGCUACACCAGCCUUCCAAAUCGACAUUCUCAUCAACAAUGCCGCUCUCGUCAACGCCCAGCCCAUCAACGAGCUCGACGUUGAACUCUGGGACCAGACGUUCAACCUCAACUGCAAGGCCCCUGCGCUGCUUAUCAAAGCCGCGUUUCCCUACCUCCCCCACGACCGCUCUGGUAGAAUCGUAAACAUCUCGUCUGCAACGACGACAUGGGGCUUGAUCCAGCAGACGUCGUAUGCGGGCACCAAGGGCGCCAUAGAAGCCAUGACCCGCGUGUGGGCGCGUGAGCUGGCGGAGCGCUGCACAGUCAACAGUGUGUCUCCCGGUCCCAUGGACACGGGUCUGCUAAACGGGCUGCCUGAGGCACCCAAACAGGCCCUCAGGAUGUACGGAGAUGCACCUCCGUACAAUGCCUUGAUCCCACUGGCGCGAGAACGCCCUGGCGUCGACACAGACGCCAUGCUCAGACUCGCCGGUGAGAUUGGCGGCAGGCCCGGUACUCUCGACGAAGUCGCUGGCAUCGUCGGCAUCGUCUGUCUGCCGGAGAGCGGCUGGAUGACGGGCAACCAGCUGGGCGCCAGUGGAGGCGGUGCCUUUGUACGGUAA